ACGAAGCAGCUGCUGUGGGGAGGCGGCGGCUCGGUCCCGGUCGGGUCUCGGUCUCGUUCGGUGCUCUCGAAAUAAAGUUGACCAAGAACUGGAACCAGAUGGCAUCUGUGCUCCGGAAUGUCAAAGCAACAGUGGUGUGGCAGAAACACCAGCUCCUAGCUGACCUUAGUGAGAAUGAGAGCCCUAUGCCUGACAAAUUCAAGAGAAGGGCCUUUCUGAGUCCUCUCAAUACCAUUCGCAUGUCUUUAAGAAAACGGGCACCAUUAAAGCGAGUAGAGCUGCAUUUUCAUAAAACCCCAACUAGGGGAAGUCCAGAACGAAGACAGAGGUGCCAAACUCUUCAGACAAUUAAAAGAACAGCAAAAUAUGCUUUUGGAACAGUGUCCCAGAAAAUACAGAAGUCUUGCCAAAGCCCAGUAUGCUCAGUGGUGACCUUUCCAGCUGAAUCCAUCAGCAGAAGCUGUGCGACCAGUUCUACCACAAAAAGAAGUGCUACACCUCAAACACCUUGCUAUAAGAGCAUUACUCCAGCAACCAGUUCUAAAGGCACUCCAAGUUCUGGCAAAAGGGCCUUGCUUGGACCAACAAGGGCACCAGAACAUAGAGAAUGGAGGGAUUUCUCAUCCUGGCUUGGUAAAAAUGCUGUCUCUCUCCGGAGAUCCAGAAGAGCAGCAGCACUAAAGAGCCCUUAUUCAUCACCUGCUCCUUCCAGCAGAAAGAUAGAGUUUGAUUGCGAAUUGGAACUGGUCUCAUCAGGGAUUUGCCAGUUGAAGCGUAUCUCCCAAGCAUUUGAUGAUGCCAUUGUGAAAGAGGAGAGGAAACAAGCAAUAUCAAACUACUGCUAUCUAAUGGCACAAAAUCAGUCUGUACAUCAAUCCCUGAAACCAUCUCAUGCUAUCAGAAGGCAAGCAAAGAAGCUCCAUCAAGUGCUUGGUACCUAGACAGAGAUGGCUGUAACUAUUUUUUCAUGUUUCCAAAUUUGAGCACGUAUGAAGGAGAUGUCUGUAUAGCACCUGAAAGGCUGCGCUCUAUAUAC